GGGCAAAUAAGUCAUAACGCUCCCCAAAAUUCAAACAUCUUCCAAGACCCCCCAAAACCCUCGUCUUGGUGCGGAAAUUUACGUUAAUCAAUCUUUCAUUUUCAACCAAUUCUUCUGAAUCGAUUGAUUUCAAGAUCAUGCACACCAUCACCGAUUGACAGACUGUCAACAAUGGAUCUUCCGCAAGAAAUCGACGAUUACUUACGCGAAUCGCUAGAGUAUGCGCUCGGACAUCCGGUAUCUGCACGUACUCUGGAGCUAAACAUUCGAUCUUCAGAAGAAACACAAAGGCAUAUUCGCGAUCAAUGCUUCAUUUUGAAGUCGAAAUUGUCGGAGAAAGAUAGAAUCAUCCAGUGUAUUAGGGCUGAAUCAAGUAUGAAUGCACACGCUUUAAAGAAGUUUUCGGAAGAGAAUCAGAAAUUGAUCACUGAGCACACUGAGUUGCUGGCUCGAUGCGCAAAAUGGGACGUUGAGUGUACAUUGUAUGAACGUGAUAUAGAAGCGUUGAAGGAGUUCGGGAAUCAGGCUGAUGAACGGGCAAAAGAGGCAGAGUCUCGUGUUCUUUGUUUGGAGGAUGAAACAAGCAAGUUGUGGGAAGAAUUGCAGUCUCUUAAGAAACUUUCGGAGGGAGAAUUUACAGAAAACAUUCUUAUUGAUACGUUUAUCUCAAGUUUUAUCAACGAGGAUGAAGUUGCAUCAGCAUCUCUCUCGUUUUUAGAGGCUGAUAGUCGAGUCGAUUUGUGCCAAAAGAUGCUAAAGAUUUGGGAUGGUUUAAAGCCAGUAACACACACUGUUUUAGCUCUGGCUUCUGAGGUCAAGAAUCUGCAGAAAGAUAAAGAUAUGUUAAGGAUGAAUCUCAUCAAAGCUGAAGAGGAGGUUGAAGCCUUGUUUAAAGAAAACAACACACUAGAUAAGGAAUACACAAGAUUGACAAACCUUCUUGAUUCAGAGGGAAGCCAUAGCAGUGGAUCCAUCAAGAACUGUGAACGGAAAUAUAGCAACAGCGCAGUUGAGAAGAUCGACUUCAGUGAUGCUGCGGAUUCACCUAGGAAACUACUGUCUCGUUGCUACAUAACACAUAGCCCCUGCAACCUUAUAUAAAACUUGGUUAGAACUAACACUGGAUUAUAGAAACAUUGUUUUCCAAAAAAUAUCCUUGAGAAGUGUGACAAAAGUAUAAAAAUAACAGAUGUUACAGACUUAUGAUCUUGGGUGCAAUAUCAUAAUGCUCCAUGUUUUACAUUCGUCUA